GCGAAAUAUCGUUGUAACAUAAACGAUCAAACCGACACCGAUUUUAAACUCGUAUACAAGAACCAAAAACACUAAACUAGCAAGGAAAUCUCCCAGGCAAGGCUUCACAACAAAUCAGAAUUUGACCAAAAAGAAAAAACCUAUAAAAUAUCUUUCAAGUUAGCUAAGAGGCAAGAAAUAUAAUGGAUUCAUCCAUGUGCAAUAAUUGUCUAACGUUGUCCCAAAAAUCUUGGUUGUAUGUCUUCGUAGUAGCCAAGCUAACCUUAACUUCAGUUCAGGCCUCUGCAAUACAACUCCAAGAGCAAUCAUGUAAACCAAGACCAGUAGUGUUGGGUGACCAGACUGAAGGUUACAAACCAUACCAUGUGUUGCUGUACCGCUGCUCAGGAACUUGUGAUGACAUCAACCCAGUACGUAAACCCUGCAUACCAUCAACCACAAGAGAAAUUGACAUUAAAGUGCAUGAUCCCUCCAAUGGAAAAGAUAAGAUCAUUAAGGUUCUAAAUCACACAAGUUGUGAUUGUGAAUGCAACCUUGACUGUGAUUUGGAUAAUGGCCAAGUUCCAGAUGGAGAUCAAUGUAUCUGCAAAUCUGGACCGUUGCCAUCUGGGGGGAAACCUGAUACAGAGGAUAUUCUGCCGUACAAGAUUGGAUUGUAUGUGAUGAGUGUUGUGGCAUUUUGUGCUUUGGUUUUUGGAAUGAUCAUGUAUGCUAAGAGAAAAAAUUCCUGA